AUGACUCAAAAUCAAUCUUUGUUCAAUCAACAAAAUGCUGCCAUUAGAAACCUAGAAACGCAAGUCAGUCAACUUGCUCUUAAUCAGAAUAGUAGAGCCCUUGGUACUUUGCCUAGUAACACUGAAGUUCCGAGAGAUCUAGAAAAAGAACAUGUAAAGGUAAUGACUCUUAGGAGUGGAAAGGAAUUAACCGAGACUAUCCCAAAAGAAAGUGAACAGGUUGUGUCUAAACCUGAGACUAUACCCAUGGUCCCUGUUACUGAAAGUCCACCAAAACCUUUGGAUGACCAACCUCCUGAGACCACCACUUUUGUUCCUCCUAAGUCGGACUAUCCUUUGUUAUUUCCAGAAAAAGUUGCUAGGAAAAAGCCAAUUGAGGAUGAGGUUAUAACAGGUCCAAAAACCAAAGACGAAAUCUCAUCUGAACCUCAAGAAAGUAAGACCAAGACUCUAGGCACUCUGGACCCAUCUUGCUCAACACAACCUGACAAAGCUAUCAUAAAGCUAGUUCAUCUUUAUGUUCCUUUUCCCCAAAAGUUAAGGAACCAAAAGGAAGAACUGCAAUUCAAGAAGUUUUUGGAAGUGUUUAAAGCAUUGCAUAUCAACAUACCCCUUGUUGAAGCAAUUGCGAAAAUGCCCAGUUAUGCCAAGUUCCUUAAAGACAUUUUGAGUAAGAAGAAGAAGUUAACCGAAUAUGAGACCGUAGCUCUUACCGAGGGAUGUAGUGCACUUCUAACCAACAAAAUACUCCCUAAGCUUAAAGAUCCCGGGAGUUUCACUAUUCCUUGUUCUAUAGGUGGAAAGGAGAUUGGUAAAGCAUUGUGUGAUCUAGGAGCUAGUAUCAACCUCAUGCCCUUGUCUGUUUUUAACACCUUAGGCAUUGGAGAAGCUAGACCCACCACUGUCACCUUGCAAUUGGCCAAUAGAACCAUUGCUUAUCCUAAAGGUAUGAUUGAGGAUGUCUUAGUUCAGGUUGACAAAUUCAUAUUUCCAGCUGACUUUAUCAUUCUGGAUUUUGAGGCUGAUAAGGAUAUUCCCAUCAUCUUAGGGAGACCUUUCUUAGCCACUGGUGGAACUUUGAUUGAUGUCCAAAAAGAAAAGCUAACCAUGAGACUCCAAGACCAAAAAGUCGCUUUCAAUAUAUUUAAUUCCUUAAAGUACCCUGAUUACUUAGAGGAAUGCUUAGGAGUUACUGAGAUUGAGACAUUGUGCUAUGAGGAAGGAGUUAGGAAGGCCUGUAAGUUAGAAGAGGAGGAAGGUGCUGAGAUAGGUGAUGAUAUUGUUGAGGAUUUAGAAGGUGAUGUCCCAUCUGAUGCUGCAGCAUUUGAGCUGUUGGACAAUAGUGAGCUUAAGAAUUUUACCCCGUCUAUAAUUUCACCACCUGUUCUGGAGUUAAAGCAACUCCCAUCUCACUUGAAGUAUGCAUUUCUAGGAGAGGAAGAGUUUGACCUUGAGAUAGUGGAUAGGAAAGGAGUUGACAACCAAGUUGCUGACCACUUGUCAAGAUUAGAGAAGCCUAGGGAGAGCCUAGAAGAAGGAGAGAUUGUUGAAACAUUCCCCGAUGAGAGAAUUCUAGUGUUAGAAUCAAAGCCACCAUGGUUUGCUGAUAUAGCAAACUAUUUGGCUUGUGGAAUUAGACCUUCUGAUAUUUCUGGCCAUAUGUUCAAAAAGUUUCUCCAUGAUACUAAAACUUACCUUUGGGAUGACCCUUAUUUGUUUAAAAUCAGUGUAGAUCAAAUUUUAAGAAGGUGCAUCCCAGAAACUGAAGUGGUAGCAAUCAUGCAGCAUUGCCACCAAGCAGCAUAUGGAGGAUACUUUAGAGGCCAAAGAACAACUGCUAAAGUUUUACAAUCUGGAUUUUAUUGGCCUACUCUCUUCAAAUAUGCCCACAAUUUUGCACAAAGAUGCAAUGAGUGUCAAAGAAGUGGUUCCAUUUCCAAAAGGAAUGAAAUGCCACUUAAUGGGAUCUUAGAAGUAGAGUUGUUUGAUGUAUAG